AUGGACAACGUCAAAAUCACUCCGCCAGGUAUCACAACCACUGUUGCCAAUCAGGCACAGAAGGCCAUGGGAGACCGUCCCACCUCUACAACUAACACCCCAAACAUGCGUGAGGGAGAAAAGCAACUCACGCUUCAAUGGUUCGGAAACAAAGAUGUCCGCGUUGUUGAAGCUCCUGUACCAGCUAUCACUGAACCUACUGAUGUCAUCUGUAAAGUGACAGGGACAACAGUAUGUGGCUCAGAUCUCCAUCUUUACCACAAGGAAAUCCUUCAACUACAAGCUGGUGACAUCCUUGGUCAUGAAUGGAUGGGCAUAGUAGACGAGGUGGGUUCCGACAUCAAGAACGUCAAAAAGGGCGACCGAGUCGUUGCGUCUUUCCAGAUUGCCUGUGGUACUUGCAGUUUUUGCAAAGAGGGUUUAUCUUCGAUGUGUGACACGACAAAUUCAUCUUCUGUUCAAGAGAAGCUCUACGGCAAACCAUUCGCUGGUCUAUUUGGAUACUCUCACUUUGCGGGUGGGUUUGCUGGAGGCCAAGCCGAAUGGGUUCGCUGUCCGUUUGGAGACACCAAUCUCCUGAAAAUCCCAGACAGUGUUCCAGACGAGAAAGCACUUUACCUCUCAGACAUCAUCCCCACUUCGUACCACGCCGUGCAGUGCGCUGAAGUCACCAAAGGCAAGAGUGUAGCAAUCUGGGGCGCUGGUCCCAUUGGCUUGUACUGCGCAAAAUGGUCCAAGCUCGCAGGUGCUCGUCGAGUCAUUGUCAUCGAUCGUGUUAAGGAGCGUCUGGAUCUCGCGGAAAACAAGAUUGGCUGCGAUAUCAUCAACUUUGACGAGACGAAAGAUGUCGUCGAUGCGAUCUACAAGCUCGAACCAGAGGGAGUAGAUUGCGGUAUCGACGCAGCGGCGUUCAGAUACACCAAAGGACUUCUCCACGGCAUUCAACACGCUAUUGGACUUGAGACGGACAGCUGCGAAAUUCCCAACGAAGCUCUACGUGCAGUUCGAAAAUUUGGCACGAUUUCACUCGUCGCUGAUUAUGCCGCCAUGACCAACCAGUUCCUAAUCGGUGCUUUGAUGGAGAAGGGUAUCACUUUGCGAGGUACUGGUCAAGCUCCUGUCCAGAAGUACUGGAAGGAGCUUUUGGGGAAGAUUGAGAGCGGGGAGUUUGACCCUACUAUCAUCCUUUCGCAUCGAUUUAAGAUUGAUGAGUUCAGGGAGUUGUAUGAGGCUUUUGACAAGAAAGAGAUGGGUAUCAUGAAGACUUUCGUGCAAACGAAGUUUUCGGGACCACCGGCUCCUGGUACGCCAGCUCUGAGCAGCUUGAAAGAUGGUGAUGUCAAGCCAUCUGCUGUAGUGUAG